GCAAACUCUAACAUCUCAGAUGAAACGGGGACGUCCCAAUCCUUGACCAGUGAAAUCUAAAUGGUUGAAUCCCUAUACACGAGAGUUAGGGGUUGAAUAGCGAGAGCCCCUAUUGAACCGGUUCUGCCUCUACCAGCUUGCCGCGUGUACAUCAUUCUACUUCAAAGAGCGUAACCCAACAAAAACCCUCACAACCAUUUUUACUGUACUUUUUGUCACUCCCAUUCUCUUCCAAACCCCAUCACAGUCCCAGUAGGGUCCGGUCUCGGGUCCCCGGAAACCAAUCUUUUUUUUUUUGCUUUCUUUGCUUUUAAAGUACCAGCAACAUUCCCAAUCUCAAAAAUGGAGUCUCCCCAACCUCAACAACAGCAGCCCAAGAAGAGAGGCCGAAAACCAAAGCCAAAGGACGAGAAAGAACAGCAACAACAGCAAAGCGCUGGCAAAAUGAAAGAAGGAAAGAAAGCCCAACAACCAAGCGUUGAUGAGAAGUACACUCAGUGGAAGUCUUUGGUCCCUGUCCUCUAUGACUGGCUUGCUAAUCACAAUCUCGUCUGGCCUUCUCUUUCUUGCCGCUGGGGACCACAGCUUGAGCAAGCUACUUACAAGAAUCGCCAGCGUCUCUACCUCUCUGAACAGACUGAUGGUAGUGUUCCAAAUACUCUUGUGAUUGCGAAUUGCGAAGUUGUCAAACCUCGUGUUGCUGCUGCUGAGCACAUAUCUCAGUUUAAUGAAGAAGCUCGAUCACCAUUCGUGAAGAAGUACAAGACCAUUAUCCAUCCUGGAGAGGUGAACAGAAUCAGGGAACUUCCACAGAACUCUAAGAUUGUGGCCACUCACACUGAUAGUCCUGAUGUUCUUAUCUGGGAUGUUGAAGCUCAACCUAACCGUCAUGCUGUUCUUGGAGCAACAAAUUCUCGCCCAGAUUUGAUUUUGACUGGACAUCAAGAUAAUGCAGAAUUUGCUCUUGCAAUGUGUCCCACUGAACCCUAUGUGCUCUCUGGAGGGAAGGACAAAUCAGUGGUUUUAUGGAGUAUCCAGGACCACAUAACAACAACAGCUACAGACCCAACCAAAUCUCCAGGAUCUGGUGGGUCAAUCAUCAGACAGAACAAGCCUGAGGAAGGUAAUGAUAAAGCUCCCAACGGGCCUUCUGUAGGUCCUCGUGGUAUCUUCUGUGGGCAUGAGGAUACAGUUGAAGAUGUCACAUUCUGUCCAUCCAGUGCACAGGAGUUUUGUAGUGUAGGUGAUGAUUCCUGCCUCAUAUUUUGGGAUGCACGAGUUGGCACUAGCCCCACUGUCAAGGUUGAAAAGGCACAUAAUGCUGAUCUUCAUUGUGUAGAUUGGAAUCCCCACAAUGAUAAUCUUGUUCUGACUGGGUCAGCAGAUAAUACUGUUCGUAUGUUUGAUCGAAGAAAUCUCACUUCUAAUGGAGUAGGGUUACCCAUUUAUAAAUUUGAGGGUCACAAAGCUGCUGUUCUUUGUGUGCAGUGGUCUCCAGACAAGUCAUCUGUAUUUGGUAGUUCUGCUGAGGAUGGGCUCUUAAGCAUUUGGGAUUAUGACAAGGUUGGCAAAAAGGUGGAACGUGCUUCAAAAUCUCCUAACACUCCUGCUGGACUGUUCUUCCAGCAUGCUGGGCACAGGGACAAAGUUGUUGACUUCCAUUGGAAUGCAUCUGAUCCGUGGACUGUUGUUAGUGUGUCUGAUGACUGUGAUACCACUGGUGGAGGAGGGACAUUGCAGAUAUGGCGCAUGAGUGAUCUGAUCUACAGGCCCGAGGAGGAGGUUUUAGCAGAGCUUGAGAUAUUCAAGUCACAUGUCAUUUCAUGCGCGUCAAAGUCGUGAUUGAUGAGAUUGGAAGGAAGAAGGCCAGAAUAUUUCCUGGUUAACUUAAUGAGUAUGUUAGAAUGUUAGUGUUGCACUGAUUAUGAAUAUGCUUGAAGACCAGAUUGUUAGUGAUUGUAGAUUUUCUGAUAUUUGAUAUUUUGUGAGUGCUAACACUGAUUGAAGACUGACAUCAUAUACACACACCUGGCUUCACCGGUGUAAAAGUUCUACCCUCCGAUCCAAAGGUUUGUAGUUGAAAUAUUGAAUGAAAGGAUUCUUCCAGGGUACUUCUCGACUUAUGGGUUCUUGUCUGGUCGCUGGAAUUUGGAGCCUCGUUGGCAUGUCUGAAUGUCAUUCUAUAACUAGAUCAAUUCAAAGCUUAAUUGGUAUUUUAGGUUCUAAACUUUUCUUUGAAGGGAUGUUGUUGGCUUAUUUUUGGUAAUUCAUAUGAAGGAUUUAAGACAUAUUUGUAUAUUCAAAUGGUUUUCCUAAUAGAAAUUUGCUUGGGAAGGAAAGCUAAAAGGCCAUUAGGCUUGAAAUUGAUACUACAUAUAUCAAUGAU